ACUUGGUGACCUCGGAAAUAUUUUCUUCUUCCUCUUCUGCAAUUUCGUCUCCUAUCAUGACAAAUAAUGAAUGCUUUGCUCCUUUAACUUCCAAAAUACUUUCUUCAGCCUUCACCACCUUAAAACCAAUUCAACCAACAUUUACUAAAAACAUUAUUCCGGAUACAAAACUCACAUCAAACUGUUCCAGUAGUUUAACUUCCGCCGGUCAAAUUUCGUUUUCAUCAUCAUCAGUAGUUGAAGAAGCUAAAAAGAAAACUACUGUUGGUCGAAAGAGAAAAGCUGAAAGUGUAGAAGAAAGAGAACAAAGACAACCACAAAUGUCAAGAGAUAAAAAAAGAAAACAAAUGACUGAUUUAGAGUCACAGAAUACAGUUCUUAAAGAAGAAAAUGUACAUUUAUCAAAAAGAUUAAAGAUUGUAGAAGAGGAAAAUUCAAUUUUAUCGGCUAAAUUAGAUACCAUUUUAGGGCAGCUUGCUGAAAUUCAAUCGCAACUUUCCAUUUCCGAGAUGAACAAAGUCCUACUUGACGAAGUCCCUGCAGCGGCACGUCAAGUUCAGGAACCUUUACGGGACAUCAUCACAAAUCCAUUUGCCAUACAACCAUCAACAACAACAGAAUUGUCAGAUCCUAUUAUUUCAACUAAUACUGAAACAAGCCUUUUCAUUUUGUCUGACAAGCACUUCACUGAUCGUUAG